AUGUCGAAGCUUCUUAGGUCUAGACGCUUCAUACGGUCACUGGCCGUCGCUGGUGCUACCGGCGGCGCCUUAUACUACGUCUACCGUCCGCGUGACAUCCCCGGCUACCAAGACCCUGUCACACGUCCGGCCCCGACCUACGGUGCUGACGGAACCUUCAAGCUGCCGCGCUUCCCCCGGGUCAAGUCCCGCGCCGAGCAGAUCGCUGAUCUGAAGAAGAGUACGUCGGGUCGUGCAGAAGACGAGUAUGACAUCCUAGUUAUUGGCGCGGGUGCCACGGGCGCAGGCGUUGCUCUCGACGCCGCCACGCGUGGCCUCAAGGUCGCCAUUGUUGACCGCGGCGACUUCAGCUGCGAGACCAGCAGCAAGAGCACCAAGCUCGUGCACGGCGGCGUCCGCUACCUCGAGAAGGCCGUCUGGGACCUAGACUACGCACAGUACCAGCUGGUCAAGGAGGCGCUGAAGGAACGCAAGUACUUCCUGCAGACUGCACCGCAUCUGAGCAUGUGGCUACCUAUAAUGCUGCCACUCGAUUCGUGGUGGAAGGUUCCCUACUACUGGGCUGGCACAAAGAUGUACGACUUCCUGGCGGGCAGCGAGGGCAUCGAAAGCUCGUAUUUUUUGACCAAGAGUAAGGCUUUGGACGCAUUUCCCAUGCUACGCAAGACGGACUUGGUCGGUGCCCUGGUCUACUAUGAUGGCGCCCACAACGACUCGAGGAUGAACGUGUCGCUGGCUAUGACCGCGGCCCUCUACGGCGCCACAGUCGUCAACCACAUGGAGGUCACCAAGCUGCUCAAGACCGCCGGCGGCAAGGUCUGCGGUGCGACAGUUAAGGACCGCAUCCCCGAGCGCGACGGCAAGCAAGUGGCCCCGAUCGACAUCCGCGCCAAAUGCGUCAUCAAUUGCACCGGCCCCUUCACCGACAGCAUCCGCAAGAUGGACGACCCCAACUGCGAGGAAAUCGUGCGCCCCGCCUCGGGCGUGCACGUCGUCCUCCCCGGCUACUACUCCCCCGGCCGCAUGGGCCUCAUCGACCCCAAGACCUCGGACGGCCGCGUCAUCUUCUUCCUCCCUUGGCAGGGCAAUACCAUCGCCGGCACGACUGAUGAUCCGGCUGAGCUCGCGCGCAAUCCCCUCCCCGAGGAGAAAUCCAUACAGUGGAUUCUCAACGAGAUUAGGCAUUACCUGUCGCCCCACCUCAACGUCCGCCGCGGGGACGUGCUUGCCGCCUGGUGUGGCUUGCGCCCGCUUGUUAAAGACCCUAAUGUCAAGAAUACCGAGGCGCUGGUGCGCUCGCAUCUGGUCCAUGUGGCCGAGUCGGGCCUAAUAACCUGCGCCGGAGGGAAAUGGACGACGUAUCGGCAGAUGGCGGAAGACUGUGUCGAUGCGGCGAUUAAGCACUUUAACCUCCAAACCAAGCCAAUCACCAACCCCCCGCGCAUCAGCGGUACCGAUAGUGUAGACGACGCCGCUCAGCUCGACGGCACCUGCCAGACUCACCGCGUGCGCCUCAUCGGCGCCCACGGAUGGUCCCGCACCCUCUUCAUCAACAUCAUCCAGCACUUUGGCGUCGAGACCGAGGUCGCUAAGCACCUUACCGAGAGCUAUGGCGACAGAGCAUGGUCCGUCGCCGCGCUGUGUCGGCCGACGGAUAAACGAUUCCCCGCGAGAGGCGAAAGAAUUUCGCAGCUCUAUCCGUUUGUAGAUGGCGAGGUCAGGUAUGCGUGUCGGUGUGAGUAUGCGCAGACGGCGGUGGAUGUGUUGGCGAGGAGGACCAGGUUGGCGUUUUUGAAUGCUCAAGCGGCGUUAGAGGCGUUGCCCAGGGUAAUUGAUAUUAUGGCGGAGGAGUUGGGGUGGGAUGCGAGAAGGAGGGAGGUUGAGUGGGUGGAGACGGUCAAGUUCCUUGAGUCGAUGGGCCUUCCGAAGCCGAUGUUGUCAGCUACGAGAAAGCAGGUCGAGCAGGGGAAGCUUGAUUUCAAGAGCUCGCUGGAGUAUAAGAUGUAUUCGAGGCAUGAUAAAUAUGAUAUUGAGUAUGAAGAGGAGGCUUGA